AACGACCAAAUUCAAAACGCACCAAAGCACGCUCUCUCUCUCUCUCUCUCUCUCUCUCUCUGUCUGCGGAGUAAAAAUCCGAACUUGAUCACAGAACUUGCCUAGAUUCCAGACAAAGGGAUGUUUUUUCCGAGCCACCGCUUCGUCUCAGGCGACCCCGCUCCCCUCCCUUCGCCGCCGCCGCCGCCGGCGGAGGAGAGGAGCCCCUCGGUCUCCGCCGUCGAGGCCAUCCUGAAAUACAGGUUCAAGGAGCCGAAGCUGCUGGCGGAGGCCCUGACGCACUCCUCCUUCCCGGACGCGCCGUCCUACGAGCGGCUCGAGUUCGUCGGCGACUCCGUCCUGGAGCUCGCGAUCAGCAACCACCUGUUCCUGGCGCACCCGGGGCUCGAUCAGGGGCAGCUCUCGAACCUGCGGUCGGUGAACGUCAGCACCGAGAAGCUCGCGCGGGUGGCCGUGCGGCACGGGAUGUAUCGGUUCCUCAGGCACAAUGUGCAGUCCAUGGAUGACAAGGUUAGAGAGUUUGCUAGAGCAGUUGAGGAGGAAGAUGACACUGUUGCACAUGGGGGGUCAGUUAAAGCCCCAAAAGUUCUUGCAGAUAUUGUGGAAUCUGUGGCAGCUGCUAUCUAUAUCGAUGUUGACUUUGAUCUAAAGAGAUUGUGGGUGAUUUUCAGAGGUUUACUGGAGCCUAUUGUUGGCCCUGAAGAAUUGCAGCAGCAGCCUCAACCGAUCACAAUGCUAUUUGAGGUUUGUCAAAAGCAGGGAAAGAAGUUAGAGAUAAGGCAAGGGAAGAAAGGUUCAACUAAUAUAGCCAGUGUCUAUGUAGAUGGCGAGUUUGUUGCCUCAUGUUCUUCUGAGCAUAAGGAAAUUGCUAAGCUUAAUGCUGCCCGGAGAUCUUUGUCUCAAUUAGCACAAUCAAAGCCCAUCAAAUGUGGAAUGAUCGAAAUAGAUGGGUUUGAUGGCCCAUUUGAAAUUGAGGGAGCCAAACAAAAGUUGCAUGAGCUCUGUGACAAAAAGAAAUGGCCCAAACCUAUCUACCGAAAGGGUGAGUCAGGCCCUCCUCAUAAUAAGAAAUUUGCUUGUACAGUUCAAAUAGCUACAAGCGAUGGUGUCUACACUAUGGAGGGCGAAACAAGAUCAAGAGUAAAAGAUGCGGAGAACUGUGCUGCUUCCCUAAUGUGCCGUGCCUUGCACCAAUAUAAUUAUCUAUGAGUCUCCCCCAAGCAUAAGAAUGUGAAGAGAAAUGCUUUGCUAAUUCUUUGCAGCAGCUUCGUCCAGAAGAUAACCCCAUAACCAAGGGGGGUUCUCUGUCUUGUGAUGGAGCUUGCAAAGAAGCAACUAUAAAAGGAUGCAUUCUUUCAUAUUAUUAUGGUUGGUUGAGACUCAUAGUUAAUUAGAUUUGUUCAAAGCAUGGAAUGUUUGGGUGGGUUGAUUAUUAGAAUAACUGUUGUUUUUACCAUUGGAUUUCAAAUUUCUCAAUGCUCUUAGUUCUCUUUCCUUUUGUUAAGAACUGGCAUAAAUGUUUAGGUUACCAUUUCAAAUAAUUAGUCAUUUAAAUAAUCAAUUUGGUAGUCAGUAUGA